AUGCCCAUCUACGUCCUCCAUACGACGGAGGAUGAUCGUCCAGCUCGUGUCAUCUUCGUCCAGGCCAUCACCCUGCUCCACGCCCAGACGUUUGGCACUCCACGGGCGGCCGUGCGCGUCGAGGUUGUCAACGCUCCGCGCCAGGGGUCGGAAGUGUGGUCAGAACAUUAUGGUGGGACGGGUUUUCAGGCCAGUGCCGGCCUGUCUAAAUUUACCGACUACCUCGAAGUGAAGCUGGACUUCCGGGGGACGCGUGACGAGUGGGAGGAUUACUGCCGCGAGAUCGUCUCCAUCCGCCCGCAGAUCCGCUCCAUCUACCUGCAGCGACUCGAGUUCGAGUUUGAGCGACCGGAUCCCUCCCUCCUGGGCGGACUGGUGACGCCGCCGCGCAAAGGGGAAGGGAGAAUGACGGGGAUCGCCGCGCUGCGGGGACAGCUGGCCGGGGGACCGGUGUCGCGACGGCGAUCCGUGGAUGAGGAGUCUUUACCCCCGUAUCAAGAGUGA